AUGGUGUUUGUUGUGUUGCAGACUUUCAAGCGUAGAAACAGAGCGAGGAACAAGCAUAACCAUGGCCAUGUCAAUCCAAUCAGAUGCUCGAACUGUGGCAAAUGUUGCCCCAAGGAUAAGGUGAUUAAGAGGUUUAUUGUAAGGAACAUUGUGGAGCAGGUUGCGAUUAGAGAUGUUCAGGAAGGCAGUGUCUACGAUGGGUACACACUACCAAAGCUAUAUGCGGAAAUGCAAUACUGUGUCUCGUGUGCUAUCCCUUCUCACGUUGUUAGAGUCCAAUCCCGCACCAAUCGUAGGGUUCGUACUCCGCUUCCACGUUUUGCUAGACGCAAGGUAAUAAUCCCUCACUCAACUGAAAUGGCACGUUGUCUAUUUGCAAUGUCCAAAGAACAAGUAACAGCUCUACUAGCUCAAGGAAUAUCAGAGCUGAUGCCACCAGAGGUUGCCAAAGCGUUCUGGGCUCUAGAGAAAUCUUCUUUAAAGGGGAAUUGGGAGUGGUCAAGAUACUUUCCUCAUCUCCUGACCAUGCUUAUUAAGCUAAACACGUAG